CAGGACGCUUUGCAGAAACCUUCUGAAUUACGGCUGGGAGCUGCACUUCUGCCUGCACCCAGGUUGACGUUAGCGUGGGAGUGUAUUCCAGACAAAGCUUGUGUCAUGCCAGGUUGUGGGCAGCCGGGACUGGUGAGUGGUUUCAGGAUGGUUUCUAUGAAUCCUGUUUGCUCUUCAGUGAGAGUACAUCAUUGGAUAUCAUGGGUUUGCUAGGGUUGCCUUGUUUGUGGAUCUUUGGGAGUAUAUAGAAAAUUCCUGGGGUGGCAAAGUGGGGGGAUAAGUGGAAGUAGUUUUCUUGACGCUGGUGUGGGAAGGAUUUCAUGCUAUUUUCCAGCUCCAGAGUGAAUUCUGGGGUGGGGCAGUGUUUGGUCCUACCCAGGACCAACCCUGGGCCCUGGCCUCAGUCCCUAGGGCUUAGCUGUGCUGCAUCCGCACUUUGCCUGUCAUGGCUAAUAUCAGGCUCCCUAGGCUUUGUCACUGAUGUCCCCCGCUCCUCCUGGGCCAUGGACUUCCAGCCCCAUUCCUUGCCCCUCUUGGACUACAGACCUCUGGGCCCUCCGGCCCCAGAUUGCUCUCACCUCCAGGCCCCCUGGCUGCAGCUCUCCCAGCCUCUGAUCUCCCUGGGCUCAUGCAGACCCCUCAAUAGGUCCUCUGGAUCCUUCUUCAGGUCCCACACUUUUCACCUCUAGACCCUGGACCCCUCCUCAGGUCCUGCACUCUUGGCCUCUCUUCAGGUCCCAGACCUCUCAUCAGGUCACCCCAAUGAGCACGGGUUGCAUGGGCAGGGGCACACAGGCAGUGGAUCGCAGCUGUGCCCUGGCUCUGGCCCCACACUGUCACCAUUGCAAGACCCUGGCCCUAGAGCAGCUCCCCACCUAACCGCACACCUUACCAACACCCUGCCAGCGCUGCUCCAGGCUGGUCUGCAUGGAGAUCCUGGGAGCAUGAGACCAUUGUGGCUCCGUGCUGUCAUGGCCCCACCGCUACUGGGGUCUCCAUGGGGAUGCUGGGGAUGCUAGGAAAUGGAGUCUGGCUACCAGCUGGAUCUGCCAUUUUGCAAACCUUUGCUCUAGGUCCCGGACCCCUCAUUAGGUCCCAUACAUCCAGCUCCUCUCUCUGGGCUCUGGACCCCUCAGUGGGCCCCUGGGAACCUCAUCCACCCCUUUACUUCCCCAGACUGCUUAAGAUGUUGCCCUCCAUGCUGACUUUCUGGAGCUGCAUCCAUCCUGCCGAGGUGGUAUUCUCUCAGCAGGCUCCACGAUCGUAUUACUAACUCUGCUCAGGGUCUUCACUCAUCCCCACCUGAAUCCUGGCCCUCCUCCUGGGUCAGACGACUCUCUCCCAUCAGCCCUGGCCCCCACCCGCAGGCUGCUCUGCAGGCUCCUUCAGCUCUGCCACACAUAGCACGCCGGCCCGGGGAGCCAUCAGUUGGCAGGCUGGCACUCAAAGCCAUGCUUCACGUUGGGCAGUGCACAGCCCACACUUCUUUGGGAGAGUCUCCCAGUGACAGAGACAUGUGGUUUGGGGUGACUUGGAAAGGAUUUUGCCCCACAAUCUUGGCCCAAACUCAGCUCUUGAUAUGGGACAAUUUACUUAGCACACAAGCCUCAGGAGCUGACAGGUGACAGAUUAGCAUGCAGAAAUUUGACUUUGGGUCAUGCAUUUGGGACAGUAGCCAGGGUGGAGAUAUGUGGUUUGGGUUGACCCGAAGCAGAUUUUACCCAGUAACCACAGCCCAAACUCAAGUCCUUAUUCUGGGCUUUGUGCAUAGCACAGGCCUGGGUGGCUGGGUGUCAGUUGGCAAUCUAGCACAUGAAAACUGAGCUUUGGGUCGAGCAGGGCAGGAGCCUGCCCAGACUUUUUCAGGAGAGUCCCCCAGUUACAGAGAUGUGAGGUUUGGGGUGACCCAAAAAGGAUUUUGCCCAAAGUGGGCUUUGCCUCAUAAUCCCAGCCCAAAAUCAGCUCCUUAAUCAUAGCAAUGUAUUUAGCACGCAGGCCUGGGGGUCUGGCAUUAGGCUGGCUAGCACAUACAGACUACUUUGGAUCAGAGAGGGGACUGCCCAGGCAUCUUCAGGGGAGUCCCCUGGUGGCACAGAUAUGGGGUGACCCAGAAAAGAUUUGUUUUUUAAUGCCAUUGUAACAGGGGCUGCAGCUGGGGUCAAACUGGUUUGCCUGUUACCUUCUCUGGGCAAGGGUUUGGUCCCCACUUAAGACUCGCUCACCAUGCCUUGCUGGAAAAUGGCGCCAUAUUCUCAGCGGGACCUCCACCUUGCCUGGCUUAUUUCUGUAGCCUCUCUUGGCUUCCCAAAGUCCACUAAAUCCUCCGUGGUCUUAGUCCAGACUCCGCUGGGUCCUAUACCAGUUUAGGGUAUAGCACACUAGCACCUCAAAACACUGUCUGGAGACCCGUUACUCCACACAGGCUGGCACGACCCCAGAUGGGGGUACUAUUGGGAGCUCCUGCACCCCUGCACUCCUGCUGUGAACCUCCAUAUCUAUAUAUAGUCACUUGAGUUCCUGGGCAUUGGAUGGGAGAAUUCACUGGCUCUCCAGUCUCAGCCUGGAGGUGUCUUUUGGCAAUAGGCUCCAUGCUUCCCGCCCAGUAUCCCCAACAGUCUGUCCUCCACGAGCAAAAGACAACAGAGGCAGGAUGUCUGCCCCUCUCCGUUUCCUGGUGCAUCCUUCCAUCUCCAGCCAGAACUCUUUCCACUUAUUUCUGCAGUUCUUUCAUUGCAGCUUCUUGGGGAACUCGGCCGAUCAGUGACAGCUUCCUCCGUGUGACAUCCCAGUUUCCUGCAGCGUGCUCCUGGACAGGAUGGAAGCAGGAGAUGAGCACUGUUUUGAUAUCUUGCUCUGUGGCCUGGGCGACUUGGAAGAGUACGAUUUUAAAAAAUUCAAAGGAAAAUUGUCUGAUGCGGAGCGUUCCGAUAAAAUUCCCCGGUGCAAACUGCAAAAUGCCGAUGUCCCGACAUUAGCCAGUCUCAUGAUUCAGCACUUCGGCAGGAAGCUAGCAGUGACAACAGCAAAACGCAUCCUAAGAGACCUCCAUUUAAAAGAAGCUCUUAACAUAAUGAUUGAGAAAGAGAAAGCUAAGGGAUUAUCAAAGGCAAAAGGAAAAAAGCCUCUGGAGAAGAAACUGAAGAGCCAUCCAGCAAAGAACACGGGACAAAACACUGGAUCCUGCAAGAAUCAACGUACAAAAAAUGAAACGAUGAUCAAAGAGCCCUUUGUGGCCAAAGUAAUAAAAGUGACAAAACCAUUCAAGUACAGCAAUUCUGAUGGUAAAAGGAACCAGGUGUUUCAUGCUGUUGUGCUAAAUGCAUCUGCAAAAACAAGGAUUAGAAUUUUUGAUGUGGAAAAACACCCGCUUUUUAAAAAAAAUAAAACAAUUGAAAUAUCAAAUUAUUAUAAAAAAGAGGGGUAUUUGCAAGUAGUGAAACACUCGAUCUGUGAGAUAAAAGAAGUGGAACUUGUCAUUCCAAAGAAAAUGCAUAAAGAUGCCGUGAGAAGAACCAGGAUUGAAGACAUACAGGAGAUGCCAGAAAAGUCCUAUGUGGAUGGAACUUUUACAGUUAAGAAGAAAUGGCCGGAAAAAAGUUACACCCGUUUUACAGUGACGGACGACACAGGAGAACUAGAAGUCAUGGCGUUUGGUGAAGUGGGUAAUGUGAAAGCAGCAGAGGGCGACAGACUCCAGCUCACCUGUUUCAAAACAAACAUGUUUAACUCCAAAUUACAGCUCAAAUCGGAAAUGCACAGUCGAAUCCAGGUUAUAAAGCAAAGAAAGAAAUGAGGAUACCGGAUGUUCAUCCCUGAAGCACAGGGCGAGUGUCUCUACCAACAAAGGUUCAGCCCUCCCCACUGGAAUUGGGAAUAAAGAUGAUUUGUAGCUGAA